GGGAGGGACAUGCAGUAUGCAUGAGAGGCUCCGUUGAGGAGAGAGAGACAGAUCAGCAGAAUUGCUUCUCCAGCUGAGCAACUGGAUAAAACUGCCAAUAAAACUUUGCACCCUGCCAUGCUAACAUCAGUCCGGACCCUUUGUGUUCAGGGUACAUGUGCAGGCUGAUUUCCUCAGAGUCUGGACGCUGCCUAUGAGUCUGUCCGUACAGCAGCUGGACACACCGAGCAGUCGCUUUUACUUUAGUUUGUUGUCGGUCAGGAGGGAAGCACAAAAGGAGUUAGCAUGCAGAAUGUACCAGAGGAGUGGAGGGAAGAACAGAGCGUGGGAGGAGGAGGAGACAAAGAUGUUAAACCGUGGGAGGGUAGAGAGGCCUUGUUCCAAAGGAACACCGGUAACUCCAAACAGGACAUGUCCACAGGGGUAGAGAAGGAGAAUGGAGAGAUGAUGAACGGAGGGGGAAAGGGGAUGGAGGGGACGGAUAAAGAGUCGCUGAUGAUGGAGCUGACCCGUCUGGUUCAGAAGACAGUGAAGGAGAGUAGCUGGUGGGAGCGGAGAGGCAUCGACAUCACUAUCCUUGCCCUUGCCUUUCUCCUGCUACCCCCAGCUUUCCUGCUGCUUGGUUCGUCCCAGACCCUGGUGUUUGUCCUGGGCAUGGUGCUGAUGGGCGUGUCCCAUGCUGUCAUCACCAUCAAGGGGACCCAUCUGGCAAGUCACGGAUCGCUGAGCGAGUCCCCUACCUGGGCCGAUGUCUGGGCUGUGUUUUUCAUAGAGGUCUGUGGGUCAUUCGCAGCGAGGGCAGGUGUAACAGGCCACAUUAAGAUGCACCAUGCCCACACCAACGUGAUCGGCCUGGGUGACUCCAGCACCUGGAAGAUACCGUACCUGCCCCGGGGUGUAUACCUGUUCAUUGCCCCCCUGGCGGUACCUGUUAUCACUCCUCUGGUGGCACUAGGUCAGCUGAAAGAGCACUCAAUGGGCCAGGCCCUGAGGACAGUCCUGAUGGUGUUCCUGGGGUUGUAUGCUCAGUACUGGCUGUUGAUCCAUGUCUCUGGGUUCCAGUGUCUUUACAGCACCCUCCUCUGUAUGCUGCUCUCCAGGGCUAUGUUCUCCCUGCCCUACAUACACGUUAACAUCUUCCAACACAUCGGCCUGCCUAUGUUCUCCCCGACCCGUCGGCCCAAGAGGAUUUACCAGAUGACCCACGGGGUUCUGAACCUUCCUCGGAACCCCCUGCUGGACUGGAUCUUUGGACACUCCCUCAUCAACUGUCACGUGGAACACCACCUGUUCCCCUUCCUCUCCGACAACAUGUGUCUCAAGGUAAAGCCCAUCGUGUCCCAGUAUCUGAAGGAGAAGGAGCUCCCAUACCAGGAGGAUAGCUACCUCUCCCGUCUGCAGCUCUUCUUUCACAAGUACCAGGAGCUCAUGGUUUUCGCCCCACCCAUCACAGAGCUGGUGGGGGUGCAGUGAUGGAGCAGAGAGGUGGAGGAUGAGGCGGAGGGCAGGAAACAGGGAAUAUACCAUCUACUAACCCACGCUGCUGUGUGCAGUCAGUGAAUUAAGAGAUUACUAUCACUGUCCUACUGUAUCUAGGAGGAUCAUUCUUUAAGUGCACAAACUCCAACUAACUGACAUUAACAUAGCAAUAUAUAUAUACUGCAAUAUUAAUAAAUUAUUUCUGUCGAAAAACAAUUACAUGAAACAAACACAUUGUAAAUGUAUCUGCAUGAUCUAACACUAUAACAUGAUAGCUAUACCAAUGAUCUUUACUCAAGACAAUGUGUGUAGUUAAACAACAACCCACUGGGCACAUACCGGUUGAAUCAAUGUUGAUUACACGUCAUUUUAAUGAAAUUAUGUUGAACCAAAUUGGAAUAGACUAAUUGAUGUCUGUGCCCAUUGGGAACAAUAAUAAGGCACUUUAUGGCAUACAUACACUACCAUUCAAAAGUUUGGGGUCACUUAGAAAUGUCCUUGUUCUUGAAAGAAAGCACAUUUUUUGUCCAUUAAAAUAACAUCAAAUUGA